AUGGAGUGGUUCUGCUUCUCUGACAAAGUUGCUGAGAGCAUUGGUGCAUGGGCCGGGCCCCAGGCUGAGAGGCGAGCGCGACGCCGCUUCCGCCGGAAGGGGCGGGGCCAUCACGGGGCCAGCCAAUGGGCGAAUACGGCGGGUCACGUGAUGAGACACGCCCUGCCGGAAGCUGGAGGACCUGGCCUCGCGCUGGGGCGGGUCGCGGGCGCCUCCGGGUCCCCGCGUCGCUCGGGCCUCGCGCUCCUCGCCAUGUCCCGUCCGGGCCGGGGUCGGGGCCGGGGCCGGGAAGCAGCGGCCGUGGGCGGGCCCGAGGCCGAGGCCCCGAGGCUGCCCGAGCUGGUGGAGGAGCUCACGACCGCGGGGGAGCCGCAGCUGGACGCGGGCAAGAUGAAGGCGCUGAAGAAACUCUGCAAGUCCUCUGUGGAACAGCUGAGCCACGCUUACCACCUGCUGAAGGCCCAGCUGAGCCAAGAGCACGCCCAGGUCCGCCUCUCUGCUUUCCAGGCCAUGGAGCAGCUCUUUACCAGGUCGCACCACUUCAGAACACUACUGGUGUCCGACUUCCAGGAGUUCCUGGAGCUCACCUUGGGCACGAACCACACACUGCCUCUGCCACCACCUCGAGAGGUGGCCCAGCGGCUGCGACAGGCAGCCCUGCAGGCUGUCAAAGAGUGGACGGCUCAGUAUGGCGCAGCUUACAAGAAGCUGGACUUGGGUUACCACUUCCUGAGGCACAGCAAGCAGGUGGACUUUCAGGAUGUAGAUAUGCGGACUCCAGCAGAACGGCGGCGGGACGAAGAGAGGCAGAGGCACUUGGACCGAAUCUACCAGGACCGUACCCAGCAGGCUGCAGGCCACAUGGAGGAAAUGUCUGUGGAGAUCCAGCGCUGUCUCACAGAACUGGAAAACUGCUUUGAGCUGCUGCUGCCCUUUGACCUCACUGAGGCUUCAGGUGUAGCAUCGAACACUAUAGAGCACCAGGGGGAGGAGGAGCAGCCAUGCUGCAGCAAGAGCCUGCCAGAAAUGAAGCCCCCUGCAGCCACCCCUCGGGCCUCCUCCGAGGACGAAGAUAGUGACCAGGAUGAGUUUGUGCGGUGCCACGGACUGGGCUCCCACAAGUACACACUGCAGGUGGACCUGUCCACAGAUGUCCUGAAGUUACAGGAGGACGAGGACAACAGUGCUGUCAUAUACUCUGCAAGGGAUGCGCUCAAGCUGAUCCGCAAUACAUUCCUGCCAGCUGUGUGCUCUUGGGUCCAGCUCUUCACCCGGGCGGGGGUCCAGGGCGGACUCCUGCAGAAGGCCAUCAGCCUGAAGGUGGAGUUGGAGACAGCCCUGCAGAGGGGAAGGGUUCUGGCCAUUGAACCCCAGGGACUACCCCAGAUGGCUGCCACGGGGGACACAGACGAAGAGGAGGACUUUGUAGAUGUCCCAGAGAAGGAGGGAUACGAGGCACACAUCCCUGAGCAUCUGCGGCAAGAAUACGGGCUGGAGGAGGAGCCCAGGGCGCAGGGCCCAGCAGCAAGGACAAGAAUGAGCAGGGAGGAGGAGUCGUGUGACCCCACCACAGCUGCAGCUCAGCCAUAUUGUCACCCUCGUCCCCUGCCACCCAGGACACCACCAGAGUCGGAAGAGUCUAGGAGGCUGGCGGCAGAGCGGGCCCGAGCGCCUGUGGUGCCCUUUGGUGUAGAUCUGUGCUACUGGGGACAGGAGCAACCUCCACAGGGAAAGAUUCUCAGAGCUGACUCUGAGCACCGCUUCUGGAAGCCCAGUGAAGCAGAGUUGGAGGUGGACAGUGCUGCUGUGACCGAGACACUGCGCACUCGGCGCAUCACGUUUGCAGGAACAUUUGAGCCAGUGCAGCACCGGUGCCGUGCCCCACGGCCUGACGGCCGGCUGUGUGAGCGCCAGGACAGGCUGAAGUGUCCUUUUCAUGGGAAGAUCAUCCCAAGAGACAACACGGGACAGCCCCUCCGUGAGGAGGACAGAGCACGGGAGCAGCAGCAGCGGCUGCAGAAAGAGGCCCAGCGGCCAGACUGGAAGGACCCUGAGUUCCUGCGAGAUGUGGAGGCAGCCACAGGGGUUGACCUUGGCUCAUUGCGGUGUGGCAAAGGCAAGCGUAAGAAGAGGAAGAAGCACCCAGGCCUGAUGGACCUUAAGCAGCAGGCUGACACGCCCCGUGCACGCAUCGCCAAGAAAGUGUUCGCCAAGGCAUCCGUGCAGAGGGUGGCGGCAGCCAUGAACCGGAUGGAUGAGAAGAAGCACGAGAAGUUCGCCAACCAAUUUAACUACGCACUGAAGUAGAGGACGCACUGCCCACACU